CAUAAAUGUAAUUUAUUUCACGGUGAUCUUCAUAGUGGUAACUUGUUAUUAUCUACUGAUAUGCACGCUCAUAUAAGUGAUUUGGGUUUAAGUCGACCAGCUGAUAAACCUUCUAAAUCUGGUGAUGUUUAUGGUGUAAUUCCUUAUAUCACUCCUGAAGUUUUAAAUGGUGGACCUUAUACAAAAUCUUCCGAUAUAUAUUCUUUUGGUAUAAUCAUGUGGGAAAUGACUUCUGGCGUUCCUGCUUUUAGUAAUGUUCCUCACGAUUUUGAUCUUAUCUUGAAUAUUUGUUGUCAUGAAUUAAGACCAAGGAUCGUUGGAGGUACAGAAGUUGAAUACAUAGAAUUGAUGAAAAGAUGUUGGGAUCAAGAUCCUGAAAAAAGACCAUCAUCUUUAGAAUUAAUUGAU